AUGUCGCAUCAUGAUCCCGAUGUUGAAAAGAUGGACAGAACCAGUUCGCCGGAUCUUUCGAUAGAUCCUGGUAUUCACCAUCUUUCCGGAGGCCAUCUUUCUCUCGACGAUGUAAAAGCCGUUCAUGUUCAGCUUCACAACUUGGCUGUGUCCGUUGACACUGCACCGUCAUGGCUUGCGCCCUCGACAUACGGAGAUCUGUUCUCCUCAAAGUUCAGCACCGCUCCAAAGAUGAAGCCGUUACUCAACGCCGUAAACGCCGAUCUUCAACCUGGAACGUUAACGGCUAUUAUUGGAGGUAGUGGCUCGGGAAAGACGACGCUGCUCAACACAGUCGCUGAACGAGUGUUGAGCUCGAGGUUGAGUCAAGAGGGAGUUGUGACGUUUAAUGGAAAAGUUGGCGUUCAUAAUGUUCGUGCUGCAUAUGUUAUGCAGCAGGAUAUCCUACUGCCGACACUCACUGUCAGGGAAACGUUGCGAUACUCGGCCGAUCUACGCCUACCACCAUCAACGACUGCUGAAGAACGCCAUAGAGUCGUUGAAGAAGUCAUUCUCGAACUUGGAUUAAAAGAAUGCGCCGAUACACGAAUCGGUAACUCGCAGCAUCAUGGAUGUUCAGGCGGUGAAAAGCGACGAACAAGUAUCGGUGUUCAACUCCUCGCCAACCCAUCAGUCCUCUUCCUCGACGAGCCUACGACCGGUCUUGACGCUACGAGUGCAUACCAACUUGUACGAACGCUCAAGACCCUUGCGCAAAAGGGGCGCACCAUCAUAACGACGAUUCAUCAACCGCGCUCUGAAAUCUGGGAUCUUUUCGACAAUCUCAUUGUUCUCACGAAAGGCAGCCCUGUGUUCUCGGGCGCCAUCAAAGAUGCUGUUCCAUGGUUCGCAGACUUGGGUUUUCAGCUUCCGCCUUUUGUUAAUCCCGCUGAGUUCAUCAUUGAUAUCGCGGCUGUUGAUAAUCGCACUCCUGAGUUGGAACAAGAGACUUCUGCGAAGGUUGAGAGGUUGAAGGGUGCUUGGAAUGAAGAGACGCUGAAGAGGCAUCGGCCUCUUGAUACGGUUGAUGUUGGGGAUGGGAAGAAGAAGGAUAAGAAGGCGGAGGAACAUGCGGGUUUUGUGCGACAACUCACUGUUCUUACAGAUCGUACCCUCAAAGUUACAUACCGUGAUCCCCUCGGUAUGGCAGCUACCCUCACUGAAGCUAUCUUCAUGGGCCUUGUCUGCGGGUACUUAUUCUUCGAUCUCGGCCGCGACCAAGCCGGUAUUCGCUCUCGACAAGGUGGACUAUACACAGCAGCCGGUCUUCAAGGCUACCUAAUCCUCAUCUUCGAAGUCUACCGCAUGACAUUCGACAUUCCCACCUUCGACCGCGAGAACUCCGAAGGAUGUGUCGAUGCCCUUCCAUUCGUCCUCUCCCGAAGAAUCGCCAGAAUGGUAACAGAAGAUGUCGCUGCGCCGUUUCUCUUCUCGGUCAUCUUUUACUUCAUGGCUGGAUUUGACCGUGAUGUUGAAAAGUUCUUUACCUUCUUUGCGAUCACGCUGUUGAACCAGUAUAUUGCUGUUACGUGUGCCAUGACGUGUGUUGCGACGGUUAGACACUUUGCUGGGGCGAGCGUGAUUGCAAAUCUGGUUUUUACACUGCAGAGCAUGGCUUGUGGAAUGUUCAUCAAUGUGAACAGUCUUCCUGUUUAUGUUCGAUGGCUCAAGUGGCUUACUUACACGUUCUACGUCUUUAGCGCAUAUUGUGGAAACGAGUUUGAGGGGAGUUUCUACGAUUGCCCCUUUGGCGACGAAUCAGACCCGCGAUGUAAACAGUACACGGGCUCAUACGUGAUGGCAUCUCUCGGCUUCCCCAAAGGCUGGACUGCCAAACCGAUCCUCGUAUGCCUCGCCUUUGUCGUAUUCUUUGUGGUGCUAUCAGUCAUCGGACUCCAUAUCCUCAAAGUCGAAAUGACGAUCGCUCGCGCUCGUGUCUCGGAUACCGAUCUUUCUGCUGGAAAAGAGAAGAUGACAGCACGGUCCGUCGCCGACGUUCGAGCCAUUGACCUGGAACUUAACCAAUUCUCACUCGCCUUGGAUAAGAGAACUCAAUUGGGGAAGAAGUUACCGACAAAGACAAUUCUUAAUCCUGUGAAUGCGACGUUCAACGCUGGGGUUUUGAAUGUGAUCAUGGGUCCCUCGGGGAGUGGGAAGACAUCGCUUCUCAACUCGAUGGCUCUGAGACUACGGAACUCAGUGGGAACGAAAUAUCGACCAGCUGGAAAGCUCACUUUCAACGGCGCUGUUCCCUCAGAUUCGGUUAUUCGAUCAGUCUGCUCUUAUGUCUGUCAAGACGAUGAUGCGUUGCUGCCAUCGCUUACAGUUCGUGAGACACUUCGCUUCGCAGCUGGUCUUCGUCUACCCUCGUUCAUGAGCAAGGAGGAGAAGAACCGUCGGGCAGAAGAUGUAUUGUUGAAGAUGGGUUUGAAGGAUUGUGCUGAUAACCUCAUUGGCGGCGAACUCGUCAAGGGUAUUUCUGGAGGAGAAAAACGUCGUGUUUCCAUCGCUGUGCAAGUUCUCACUGAUCCUCGUAUUCUUCUCCUCGACGAACCAACAUCCGGACUGGAUGCUUUUACCGCUAAUUCCAUUAUGGAAGUCCUUCAGGGUCUCGCCAACGAAGGCCGCACUCUCAUUCUUACGAUCCAUCAAGCUCGAUCGGACCUUUUUAGAGAAUUUGGAAAUGUAUUGCUUCUGGCGAGAGGUGGUUCGCAGGUUUAUUCUGGUCCUGGAAAGGAUAUGCUUGGAUAUCUCGCCCGUCGUGGAUACGAGUGUCCGACACAUACCAACCCAGCCGACUUUGCACUCGACAUGAUUACUAUCGAUCUUCAACAGGAGGGCAGGGAAUUAGAGUCUCGAAAACGCGUUCAGAAACUGAUCGAUCAUUGGAAAGAAGAGAGUUCUUCUACCAACGAAAAGCCUGCUGGUCCACUAGAUGAAGUCACCAAAGAUACCCCUGAACAACACAACGCUCAAACCACAACACACCGCCGCUCCUUCAACAAAGCCAACCUCUCAACCCCCGCAGAACUCGGCGCCCUCAUCCGCAAACGCGCCCCGAUAACAACAUCCCUCCCCCUCCUCCUCCACCGCGCCACCAUAAACACCUACCGCCAGCCCGAGCUCAUCGUCGCACGCCUCAUGCAAGUCAUCGGUCUCGCUCUCGUCCUCGCCCUCUUCUUCGCCCCCUUCGACAACGACUACUACUCCGUCCAGAACAGAAUGGGUUUUGUCCAGGAGAUUGGCGCGUUUUACUUUGUCGGCAUGUUGCAGAACACAGCGAUCUAUCCGAAUGAGCGAGAUGUGUUUUACAGGGAGGAUGAUGAUGGGGUCUAUAGUGUGCAUGCGUUUUUGGCGGCUUAUACGAUUCUCGAGGUGCCGUUUGAGAUUAUCAGUUGUAUGAUCUUUGGUGUUUUGGGGGUUAUCGCUGUUGAUCUCCCGCGGACUGCGACGCUGUACUUUGUCUCGGUGUUUGCGUGUUUUGGAAUCGUAUCAUGCGGCGAAUCGCUCGGUAUCAUGUUCAACACACUCUUUGGCCACACCGGUUUCGCCGUCAACAUAAUGGGCGUGUUUCUCGCGCUGGCUAACACAAUGGCUGGAAUUCUCUCCAUCGAUAUGCCAGAGCUCUUCAAAGCGUUCAACUACCUCUCCCCGAUUCGGUACGGCACACGAGCUGUGGCGCCAUACUCACUUAGGGAUAUCACGUUUACGUGUAAUGACGAGCAGAGAUUGGAGAAUGGCAAGUGUCCGAUUGAGACGGGGCAGCAGGUGUUGGAGUUGUAUAACUUUGAUGUUGAUCCUAAGCAAUUCAUUCAUGCCAAGGUCAAGAUGGCUGAGACGAACGAACCUGUUGUUGUGCCGGAUGAACAGGAGGACAAUGACUCAACGAUUGGUGAGCCCUUUCUCAUCCGAACUCUAGAGUACGUCUUGCCGAAUGACGAGAAAGAAAAGGAAAGAUUAGAUCUACAGCAUAAUCUGUUCCUUCUCACCUUUGGCGAUAAGCUUGGCCUCGCACCGCCUUGUUACCCUGACACAAAGGUGAAUCGUGUUUUAGAUCUUGGAACCGGGACGGGGAUUUGGGCGAUGGACUUUGCGGAUGAACAUCCUGAAGCAGAGGUUAUCGGCGUCGACCUCUCCCCGAUUCAAUCAAGCUUUAUCCCACCGAACGUGACCUUUGAGAUCGACGAUAUCGAAGACGACUGGACCUACUCAAAGCCAUUUGACUACAUCCACAGCCGUUUCAUGACAUCCUGCAUAAGCGACUGGAAGAAAUACCUAACCCAAUGCUUCCAAAACUUAACCCCCAACGGCUAUCUCGAACUCCAAGAAGCAGAUCUCACCAUCAAAUCCGACGACGACACCGUCAAGCCCGAUAACCCACUCCUCAAGUGUCUCAAGCUCCUACAAGAAGCAUCAGAGCGCUUCGGUCGUCCAUACAUAGACAUCCCAGCGCUAGUAGACGUCAUGGAAGAGAUUGGGUUCGUAGAUGUCAAGAUCGAGAAGUUCAGGUGGCCGAGCAAUUCGUGGCCGAGGGAUAAGAAAUACAAGGAGCUGGGGGCUUGGUGCUAUGAGAACUUUUCGAGUGGGCUUGAAGCUAUUACUAUGGCGGCGCUGACGAGGGGUCAUGGGUGGAGUGUGGAGGAUACGACGGUGUUUUUGAUGGAUGUGAGGAAGAGUAUGGGGGAUAGGAGGAUUCAUGCCUACUGGCCGAUUUACUCUAUUUACGGGAGGAAGCCGUAG